CGACUCUCAACCUGCAUAAUUAAGGUCAUUUUUGCUAAAAUUGUUGCAUUGGGCUUCUUUAAUAGUCAAGUUAUUGGAGUUUAGCCGAAACGUCUGCUAAAUACAUCAACCAAUAGCAUAAUCAAUUCAGACACCUGCAUGUAUGAUGUAACGUGCCCUAACAAUGUUAAAUGAUAAUGGGUAAAACUUUAUUUGGGUAUAUAAGUCCAGCAGAGUAGAGUAGUCUAUUCAAAAGUUUAAAAGCAUUUGUGAAAUUGGUUGCCUAUUACCGAUUGGAGCUUCCAGCAUUGGCUAGGCUAUGAUAUGGCCUUCGGCCUUGUACCUAUGGCCAAAUUACAGCGGCGGGGAUAUCGUUUACCAACUCCGGUCCCACUCGUGUCAUAUUUCUUAAAUACGCCAACAAAAAUGAGACGUGUCCUGGGGAGUUUCUGUUUGUAUACUUGAAAUAUGGAUAUCAGGUGUGUAAAACAUGUUUAGAUAUUUUGUGUAGCCUAGCCUAUUGUUGGAAACAAUAGGCUACGACCAAAAUGGAGGAUCUUCAACAAAAAGUUCCUAACCUAGUGGGUGGGAAUUUUCAGAUGGGGGUGGGUAGUCACCCUAUAUGGCUCUGGGGGUAGUAAUAUUCACAUUUCCCUGUCUAGCUUUGCAUAGUUUCUGACAUCAACCUCUCUCAACUAACCCACAGAAACUCAACACAUGGUUUUGUUUCGCACCUGGAGUGUUUGUAGAAGCAUCAGAGACCGAAAUGGAAUUACAAAAGCACAGAAAAAGAAUGUGGUCAUGAUGGGCAUUUUAUGAGCCAUGGAUGGAGGACGUUGGAAGUUUAUUCAUGCAUCAGAAGUUUGUUAUGCACACACACACUAUCUGAAAUUAUAUUAAACAACAUCCUUAUUGCUAAAGUGUUUUAUCACCCAGGCCUACCCCUCAUCCACUAGAUGGCAACAGCAUGACUUGGCAAGAUUAAGGACCACCCCAGUCCAAAGUCUGAACUUGAUCCAGGAAGCAGGUUAUUCCAACACUGUUUGCUACAGCACACAAUCUGCCGGAUUUCAGCCAUGGAGAAUAUCACAGACUACCUUUGUAAAUACAAAGACUAUGUGUUUGCCAUUGGAGUCACAACAGCAGAGUACAUAGACUCACUUCAAAACUUUGAGAUACGGGACAGUGAUGUGUUCGUUGUUACCUACCCCAAGUCAGGCACGGUAUGGGCACAACAAAUUGUGACACUGAUCUGCAAGUCUGACUUCAAGGACUCUGACCUUUACCCCAACAACUUGGAGAAAAUGCCUUGGUUGGAGUACCGUGAAGGCCGCCCAGACUACUCACUGCGUCCCUCCCCACGGCUCUUCGCCUCUCACCUCACCCCAGUCCUGAUGCCCCCCGGCCUGAAGGACAGAAGGGCAAAGGUUAUUUAUGUAAUGAGGAACCCGAAGGACAAUGUGGUGUCAUAUUACCAUUUCUGCCGUGCAUGGGCCGCUUUGGAAACCCCAAAGAGCUUUGAUGAAUUUCUUCAGCAGUAUCUUUUAGGCCAAGUUGGUGCUGCGUCCUGGUUCGACCAUGUGCGUGUCUGGAACUCUCAGAGAGAGCAGUACAAUAUUUUGUUUCUGACGUAUGAAGACAUGAUCAUGGACCUCCACACAGCUGUGCGGAAGAUUUGCCAUUUCCUGGAACGAGAUCUUGAUGAGGCAGCUAUCAACCGAGUAGUGGAAAAAGCCACCUUCAAGAACAUGAAAACAGACCCGAAAGCCAACUAUGAGUUUUUGCCCGAGGAACUCCUCAACAGAGAAAAAAGUCGCUUUCUCCGUAAAGGAACCAUUGGUGACUGGAAGAACACCUUCACAGUGGCCCAGAGUGAAAUGUUUGACCGUGUUUACCAGGAGAGAAUGGGAGACCUACCUUUGAAGUUUAUCUGGGAAAUGAAUGGACAGCCACGAUGACAUUGUAUUAUAAAGUUGCACAUGAAAGUCAUUAAGAAACAUCCCUACAAAAGACUACAACUGUCCCCUCUCUCUUUCAAACUGCUAUGUCUCUCUCUCUCUCUCUCUCUCUCUCUCUCUCUCUCUCUCUCACUCACACACACACACACAAAGACAUUUUCAUAAAAUAUUCAUCAUUCACUUGCUGAAGGAGCAGGAAUCGAAGAAAUAUUAUGCAUCAUCUUAAUACUGGUUGAACCAUUUAUUUUGAUCAAAUCAGUAAUUUGCAAAAUGAUACUUUUUUUAGAUAUUAUGCAAUCAGUUACUCAGUUAAAACAGAAAUGUAUGAAAUACAAUGACCAUCCAUGCGUUGCUUCUUUGCUUUGUAAUC